AUGCGUGCUGGAACUCAAACUUUGAUUCAAGCUUUACAAGCUAUUCCAUGGGCAGAUGUCUCUGAUCAGGACGCAUAUGAUCAUACUAACGUUAUAACGUCACAUGGGGGUGAGGAUAGUGACGAAGAUUCUGGAGUGCCCAUGGCUUCUUCUAUUCAUGCUAUUUAUCGUCCCGUGGCGCGUUCGAGGAGAACAGAAGCAUCCUUAUCAUCACGCACUGCGUUACCAUCGCCAGAGGAAGAACAUGAAUCAUCCGACGGAGAUCUGGACGCGACUGGACUCUCCGAAGAGGAUGCUGAUACCGAAGACUUUGAAGCUGCUACCCCACGCCCCGCAGAUGUACCAAAGCUAGAACAUGCUAUGCCAGAACUGCCGACGGUCUUCCGACCUGGGAUGCACAUGAGACGCAGGGCUAGUUAUACUGGGAGUAUCACGACCGUCAAAGUCAGCCGGAGGGCGCGCCUAGCCGAGAAAUUAAAGGAGAUAUUUGAGUUGAAUGCCGUCGAAGAAGUUCUAGCCGAAAUGCCUUGCUGGUUGCUUCGCUCUGUCUUGUUACAGGGAUAUAUGUACCUCACGAACUCUCAUUUGUGCUUCUUUGCACAUAUGCCUACACGGGAGGAUCAAAUACUCAAAUCAGGGACACUCAGCAAGAAGGCCAACCAUACUAAGCGGUGGACAAAGCACUGGUUCGUGCUCAAGAAUGAUGCUCUCUCCUGGUAUCACUCUUCCUCGGACCCAUAUUUCGUAAAUGGUAUAGUGGACCUUCGUUAUGCGAUAUCUUGUGAACCAUCCGGAGAGAAGGAGAUACGUCUCCGAACCAAUCAGAAGAAUAUUCUCAUGUCAGCCGACUCAGUUCCUAGUCGAGAGGAAUGGGUAAAGGCCAUAAAGAAAGUCAUCUUUAAGGCACAAAAUAUGGGUGACACUAUCGCAAUCCCUUACUCCUCUGUCCUGGAGGUCGAGAAGUCAUCAGCGAUAGACUUCAGCGAGACUAUUGAAGUCAAAGUUUUCGACAAGGACCAGGAGCAUUAUACAGUGGACUCGUAUUUUUUCGCUUACUUCCAGGACUUGCCGGUCGCGUUGGAACAUAUUCGCGAUGCUGUGCGUUCGUAUCGUUCAUUGGUUACCAGGUCGCCUCUAGCGCUCUUGGACACCACCUCUACCCGCCCGCCACAGCCUUCCGCCACUCAUGGUAUGGAUCGCGCUAAGAGUCUCCCAACACCCGACACGCGUUUUGGUUCCUCUUUCAGAUUAUCGUCUCUUCUGCGACCAUUCCAUGACUCGCUUCCCAUGUCUUUGGGGCGCACGAACUGUGCACCAGGGGCUCCCGAACCUACCGACGCGUCUGAUGGCUACACUCACAUAACUAAGAGAUCAGGUUCUUCGCUUGUGCCCGUGACGUCUUCACCUGAUUCGAUACCUUCCCAAGACUCAAGUAAGGCGCUUUACGCCCUUUCGAAGGCACACACAAUUGCCAGUCCUACGGACCACACUUAUCCUCCUUCCACGUCUGUGAGUGAUCUGGCUUCUAGUUCAUCCGCGAAGUCCAUCCCAUCAAGUGUUCCAUGGAACGUGGGAGUACCCUCGUGGUUCAAGGUCCCGCGUGGCCGCCUCGGCACCUCUACCUCGAAUACGUCUUCGCUCAGUGCUUCUCCCAGUGGAGGCGGCAUACGCGAAGUAUAUUCUGUCCCAUCAAAUGCAGAAUCAGCAACUCGGCGGAGCUCGGGAAGUGCCCAAGGUGAUCUUGGAUACAGUAUUCUUGAGACACCAGAAGCUUCUGUCGAUCCGGAAGCUACUGAGAAAUUCAGGACUGCAUUUGCUUUUGACGAGAAAGAGAUUUUGUUGGGCUAUUUUGCUGGAUACAUAUUCCGCCUUUUACCAGUACCUGGCCGGCUGUAUGUCUCCACCAACUAUUUCUGUUUCAAGUCAACUGGACCUCUUUCUUCCAAGACACGGAUGAUUCUUCCUAUUCGAGAUAUCUUGAGCGUUGAGCAGACCAAGGGUACUCGGUUCGGCCACUACGGUCUUACAGUCGUUAUCAAAGGCCACGAGGAACUAUUCUUUGAAUUUGGCUUCGAUGACCGCCGGAAAGCAUUCAUCGGUAUUCUGGAACAGCAAAUGGAAGAGGUCAGGAAGCGCGCGAGUGCAGGAGAUGUCCCGAUUCUCAGUCAGGGGAAAAAGGAUGCACUCAUAUUGGAGGAGUUCGAGCCUGGCAAUUCCUCAGACUCAGAUCCCGCUCUUCCACCCGAAAGCAUGUCUGAAUCACUCCCAGCGGUUAUGUUCACCUCUUCCUCGUCGACAUUCCUGACCUUCAAGCCCAAAGAAUCCUUACAUUUCACUUUCCUGACGAUCGGCUCGAGAGGAGAUGUACAACCUUACAUAGCUCUAGCGAAAGGCCUCAUAGAAGAUGGUCAUCGAGUAAAAAUUGCAACACAUGGUGAAUUCCGUGAAUGGAUAGAAGCCUAUGGAAUCGAGUUUGGCUAUGUCGGUGGAGAUCCAGCAGAACUUAUGCGUAUCUGUGUUGAGAAUGGUACAUUUACUGUGGCAUUCCUCAAGGAAGGCUUGUCAAAGUUCCGCGGGUGGAUCGAUGACCUUUUGAAGACUGCAUGGGAAGCAUGUCAAGGCACAGACAUCUUGAUUGAAAGUCCCAGUGCCAUGGCCGGAAUUCACAUUGCAGAGGCACUCAAGAUACCCUAUUUUAGAGCUUUCACGAUGACUUGGACCCGUACCAGGGCAUACCCACAUGCUUUCGCUGUUCCAGAACACAAGAUGGGUGGUGGGUAUAACUAUAUGACUUACGUUAUGUUCGAUCAAGUAUUUUGGCGUGCUAUCUCAGGGCAAGUAAACCGUUGGCGACGUAAUACUCUGCAUAUAGGCAAUACUAGCCUUGAUCGCAUGCAGACUCACAAGAUACCAUUUCUGUACAAUUUCAGUCCUACGCUUGUACCUCCUCCUUUAGAUUGGCCUGAGUGGAUCCGCAUCACUGGAUAUUGGUUCCUCGACGACGCAGAAGUGGGUGCCAAAAAAUGGACUCCACCACCCGAUCUCCUUUCGUUUAUCGAUUCUGCUCAUGAAGCUGGAAAGAAAGUCGUUUAUAUUGGCUUUGGCAGCAUCGUUGUCUCAGACCCGGUGGCAAUGACCCAUUCCGUGAUACAGGCUGUUUUGCGGAGUGGCGUAUAUGCCAUUCUCUCCAAGGGCUGGUCCGAUAGAUUGCAAACGAAGUCUUCGGAUGCAUCUGAACCUGAGGAACCAUUACCCAAACAAAUCUAUCCGAUUAAUUCCAUCCCUCAUGAUUGGUUGUUCCAGCGCAUUGAUGCAGCAUGUCAUCAUGGUGGUGCUGGAACCACUGGCGCAAGUUUAAGGGCUGGUAUACCUACCAUCGUCAAACCUUUCUUUGGAGAUCAGUUUUUCUCCGCUGAUCGUGUUGAAGCCCUUGGCAUAGGAACGGGUGUCCGCAAGUUGACUGUGGAGAACUUGACUGAGGCGCUUGUCUCUGCGACUACAGAUAUCAAACAAAUUGAGAGGGCGAAAUUAGUUGGAGAACAGAUACGGGCUGAGAAUGGUGUUUUAACCGCAAUCGAGGCCAUUUACCGUGAUCUUGAAUAUGCUCGCUCAUUGAUCAAACGAACCCCCAAUGAAUCAGAGGCUGCGCAUGAUGUCGAAGGCGCCGUCCGCAAUGAGCAGACUAUCGUAUCAUCGCAAUCUACUCUGGAGCGUUCUGGUUCUGGUUCCCGGUGUUCAGUGGAUUCACGCCGGGUCAGCGAGGACUGGAGUGUAAUUUCUGAUGGUGACGACAAGCGCGCCUCCGGUUCAAGCAAAGUGAGCGAUUGCAAGCUUGACCGGUCCUCGACCUUCAAACGUAGCAGUCUUGCGGCUGCUGUUAUGUCUGUACUGCCAGAUGCGCUCACCCCUCAUCGCCAAUCUACAGGGCCACAACUUUAA